UUGUGCUUUGAUAAUAAAAGUAUUUCUACAGGAGAAGGAGACUGAUUUCAAAAAAGUCUUUAAUCAGUUUAAACAGAAUGGAAAGCAACGUGACAGGUGAUAUCCUGAGGAUCCAAGGCUUUGACAUUUCUCCAGAGUUCACCUAUCCGCUGUUUUUCUUACUGCUGUUUGUUUACUUCACCCUGCUUUUUUCCAACAUAGGAGUCCUUGUGCUUAUCAUCACUGAGAAGAGUUUGCACCAGCCCAUGUACAUUCUUUUUUGUAACCUGUCUGUCAAUGAUCUAAUAGGUAACACAGUCCUGCUGCCUCAGCUGAUGGCUCACAUCAUUUCAACCGAACGCUUUAUCACCUAUAACCAAUGUGUGGUUCAAGCCUUUCACAGCCACACAUUCGGAUCAGCCUCACAUAUGAUUCUCAUCAUUAUGGCCAUAGACAGAUAUGUGGCGAUAUGUCAUCCCUUAAGGUACAGGUCAAUUAUGACUACCAAAGCUGUGAUUGGGCUGUCAGCGAGUGCGUGGGGGGUGUCCUUGCUGCUGGUGUCUGUUUUGAUUGGUCUCACAGUGAGACUAUCCCGCUGUAGAUCGGUUAUACAAAAUGCUUACUGUGACAACGCGUCACUGUUCAAGCUUUCUUGCGAGGAUGUGUCCAUCAACAACAUCUAUGGACUCUUUUUCACUGUGCUGCUGUUCAGUUGCUCAAUGGGAGGCAUCGCUGCCACCUAUUUCAAAAUAGCUCUCAUCUGCCUGGUCAAGAAAAACAAAGAGUUGCAAAACAAAGCAAUUCAAACUUGCGCCAGCCACCUUGUCCUUUAUCUUAUUAUGCUCUGGUCGGGGUUUCUAACAAUCAUACUGCAUCGAUUCCCAAAUUACCCAGAUUUAAGAAAGAUUGCUUACAUUUUAUUUCAUGUGAUUCCUGCUAAUUUAAACCCAAUUAUUUAUGGGAUGCAGACAAGGUCAUUACGUGAUAAAAUUAUCCAAAUACUGCAAAGAAAAGUGACUCCAACCUGAUACCAUUCUUUUUUCUGUACAUACUUUGCAACUUUGAGCAUAAAGACACACUAACUGUUUUAACUUGUCCUAAAGCCUGUCUGUAUCUGGAACUCAAAACAUGUUUUAUACCCAGAUAUCUGUUUCAAUUGAAGCAGUUCCUCCAUUUUAAUUUUAGUUGCAGUUCUUUCUGCAUGCACGUAGAUGCACAGUCUUUGUCUUCUGUUACCAGAUCCCAUGUGGUUUGUGGAUACAUUCAGACUAUUUGCAAGUCAAAUUAUCAUCACAAAGUGUGAAGACAAUAGGGUGAGUGUCUCUGGCCCCUGUGUGCAUGGAGCCCAGUAGCAAGCUCUCUACCAACCUCUUGUGUCUCAGUGCUAGAAUAGCAUGAGAGUCACUAAAAUCACAAUUUCCACUGACCUUGCCCAAAGUGUUCCUGUCAUGAGGAGCAUCCAUGAGCAUAAGAUUACUGAUUUUCAUGUUUGUUUUUACUGAGUUGCAGGGAUUAUGGUAAUGCUUCAUGUUGUGUCAUCACAUUUAAACUCAGAAUAAGAUGUCAUCAUUGUGUGUCACUACACUACAACAAUACAAUGCAAAAAAAAAAACCCUUUACUUGUUCAUAUGAUAUUGUGCAUACAACUGUAUAAGCUUGUAACAAUACCCAACACACUCACACUCGUUGGUGCUAAAACUCCAAAGGUUUGUUUUAUUUUAUUCAGAAUAUCCAAGAUUAACAGCUAUUUGUUUUUUGACCUGUUAAUAUGGAUCAAUGAUUUAAUUUCAGAAAAAAUUUAUUUGGAUAGUCUGCCAAUAGAUGGUUUAUAGAGUAUUUAGAAUGUUUCAAUAGCUUAUCAGCCAAUAAUUGAUUAUUUCGCUUUGUCUGCAGAUGUAGAUGUAGAUGAACAGAUCAUCUGUAGAGUAUAUGUGACACUUCAUGAACAUACAUAUUAUCAGUUGAACCUGAACUAUUCAUUCAACCAUUCACUCAAGUUCAACAAUAGUAUUCUGCGACUAUACUCGUGAAUUUUCUUUUAAAAUCUAUAGGUAGACAUAUAUGGAGAAGUCAAAACAGUUGAAUUGUUGAAUCUCAAUUAAUGAGCCAUUGAAAUGUUACAAACUAUCUGCCAGCGGACUAUCCAAAUAAAGUGUUACCCUGAAGAACAAUUUUCCACCUGACAGUACACAUUUAUCGUUUCGUUUUUCCAAAUCAAAACUGAUUUAUAGCAAACUACUGCAGAUGAAGCAUUCUGUUUUCCCUCGGGUUCAGAUUAAAGAGUCAUAGCCCAUUUUGUAACAUUAAGACCAGGGAUAAUACACAUCAAGAGCCAAGCAAAUGUUGAUGGUCCAGGGGAUUUAAGGGAUAAUCCAUGUGAGCUACCCUGAGACGCUGUUUUCUCCUGCUCUGAUUUUAUGUUCUUGCUUGCCUGGUUUUUAUCUCUGUAAUAUAUUGACUCCUCUGUAAAGUUGGAUGAUUCUCUCUCAUUAUCUGGUUCAUGUCAUGAGAGUAAAAUUACAUCUUUUCUACCUCCUCCUGAAGUAUAUUACAGUCUACUAUAUACAAAUCACAUUUAUUAUUACCUCAUACUAAUGUGUCUGUUUACGUAUUUAUAUAAAAAAAAAUCAAUCUAAUAGCUAAAAUAAAGCCACAUUUCCAGUUUUUCUAGAAAUAUAAAAUUAAACUGGAACCCGAUGUUCUCUGUCAUGGCAUUAUCAGAGCAACAAUAGUCUGUCCAGUGUGUUGUUUGUUUCAUCGUUGUCCUUUUGUACUGUAUUA